AUGACAGACAUUGUGAGCCCUUUCCGCGACGAAUUUUUCUUCGUGCGAGACGUGCCGUGGCAUGCAGCACAGAGAUUGGUCGAUGGAUUAAAUGAGCGUGGCGCCGCGCACAACGAACAGCCUGGUGCGAUGCAUCCGUCGCAGGGUGCUGCAGACUCAAUCUUUCAUCGGUAUUUAGGACAUGCGUUCGUCACAUACUGGGCGCAAAUACUGGGCCUACAGCCAGGAAAGGAGUCGGUGUCGCCACCUCCCACGACUAGUGGACGCCCUGAAUCAGCGCGGCGUCUCGAUGAAUUGCUGAUUCGGCUGACAACCGACACAGAUCUUGCGAAUGAUUUGCCGCAUCUAUUGAACCAGAGCUAUGAGCAAAUGCCCAGUCUUGGCUAUGUCACGGCUGACUCUUGUCCAGGCCAAGGAGACGAUACUGUGCAUAUCCCAAUACCCUACAGUGAUAUCCAACCUGAAUAUGUGGCAUCUCAGCCUGUGCAUAUACCAACUGACGAACGCGAACUGGUGGAUGUGGUGUUUGUGGACUUUAUUGCUGAUCCUUUGUUGCACUUACUCAACCUGUAUGACACUAAGCGCACCUAUACGAUGCAAGACGUUGAUGUCUGGGGCGAUAUAUCUACACAAUCGCUGUAUUCCACAUAUGCUCAGCUGCAUUGGCGUCCACAAUCAAUUCAAGAGGCUUGGGAAUACAUGGAUAGGGCAGCCACGGCCGAAGGAUAUCCUCCAUUAGCCCAAUAUGACGCUUAUGAGGGGAAUCCUUACGCUUCUGUAACGGUAUCGGAAAAAACACGCGGCCUUGUAUUUCAGCCUUCAUUAUGA